AUUAAUCUUCACAACAAGAAUUAAUUCUCUCCUUUUUCUCUAUCAUUAGAUUGAUAAUAUACUUAUGGAAAAAGAUGGCAUUUCUCCAAAAUCUUCACAACAAGAGAAGAGACUUAGAUUAUUUGGGUUUGAAUUGGGCUUGUGUGAUCAGACCAUGAUCAAGGUUUCUUCAGAGGCAGAUGAAAGCAUAAACUCAUCCAUUACUGCUUCUACUUCAGAUCAGGAGAUCAGGCUUUCUCCACCUAAAGAGAAGAAAUUGAUGACAGGAGAGAAAAAGAGGUUUGAAUGUCAAUUCUGUUUCAAGGAAUUCUCAAACUCUCAAGCCUUGGGAGGUCAUCAAAAUGCUCAUAAAAAGGAAAGGAUGAAGAAGAGGAAGUUGCAGCUUCAGGAAAGAAGGGCUAGCAUCAAUUGUUACCUCCAACCGUUUCGUAGCAGCCUUGGUUCUAGUUUAUGGUACUAUGAUCCUUCUUGUUCUUCUACUGAGUUUGCUGUUCUUGAGAAAUCACAGAUAAGUUUCUCAAGAAAUUGCCCUGUCGUGAUCAAACAAUCUCCCUCGCCCAUUGCUCCCAAGGAGAGCCACAAGGCUUUAGAUCUUCAUCUGGGUUUAAACUUGGGUUGAGUUUUUUGGUUUAUAGGUUUUAGAUUUGUUGUAGUAAUUCAUUAUUUUUUUAGUAAUAUAUGAAAUUUGAGGCUCAA